AUGCGAGCGAUGUAUUAUACUGGUCAAUUUAGUGUAAAAUUUAAAGUACAAAGUCGGAUGCUUCAGAAAAGUAGUGAAGAUGCACAUUAUUGUGCUCACAAGAUUCCUAUUGGGGAAGAUGUUGCAGUUUCUAUAGGUGUGCGAAAUCGACGCACUAUAGUUUCUCAAGAAAGCACUUUGGCUGCUGCUGAUCAUGAUUUCUCAAAACUAUCUCUAACACCGACA